CAGCGGUGGUCUCGGUCCCCUCUUCUCCACCACCGCUACCCCCACAUCUCCAUUGGGAAUUGCAGGAGUCGUUCCAGUUCAUUACACUGGUGGGCCUCUCUGAAUCACCGAGCCCUGCGUGCAUGCAGCGGCCGCCCCCCGGCGUUUCGUCGGCGGACCGCACUGCUGCACGGCUAGGCGGGAAUCACGGAGGCUCCGGAGUGAGGAGGAGGCGGAGGGAGGCUGUUGUUGCUGCUGCGCACUAACAAAGGCGGGCACACAAUAAAAUCUGACAGACCUAGCUUAUCAAGCAGCCAGUAUUUUGGCUGCGCUUUAACGCUUAGCUUGUUUCUUUUUUUUAAAAAGGGGCAGCUAUCUCCACUUGCCUAUCAGUGGCUCUCCUCGCUGCAUAAACCCAGGUCAGAUUGCAGGUUAAACGGGAAAACUGUGAGUGAAAACGGUCAGACAUAUUCACAUAAUUUAUUCAUUGAAAUACUGUGUAAAACCUGCUGUUAUGUGAUUAUAAUAAAUUAAAUUAAUCACUUGGGUAAUAGCGACGAGAGAGUGGUAGAGUUUGACUGGCUGAAAAAAAAUGGCAGAUUUGCAUUUAUACACUAAAAGAAAAGUGUUCAUUUUUAUAAAUACAGAAAUAACCUUCAGGUUAUUUGUACAAAUCAGUUCAUAUCAAUUGUAAUCUCUACAGGACAAACAGAUUAAAUUUAACUCCAACUACAAUUUCAUUUAUAAAAAUUAAACUGGCUUUGGGUAGGUGGGUAGAAAUUAUGCAGCACUUAAAAAAAAAAAAACAUUAGACUGCAAAUGUGAGGCUCCCAAAUUGGAUUUUCCAAAGAGUCACAAAAGAGGAUUUGAUUGUUGCAAUGCCAAAUAAAGAUGUUUCUACUUAAAAACGUUUCCCGAGGGCAGAACCACUGCUGCUUUGGACAAUUCAUUUACUGUUUGAACGGGAGUCCCACAACUGAUCCUAUCAGAAACAUGUGGACGUUGUCAUCCCUGAUCAGCCAAUCAGGUGGAAGGUAGUGCAGCAGUGCACAUGAAAACCAGCUCAGGUCAACCACCCAGAAAAAAACAAAAUCUCUAAAACAUUAACAGUUCAUUUGUCCAUCACGUGGUAGUUCAGCUUUAGACGGAGAAACUGUCCAGAACAGUCCAUCUAACAAAGUGAGAGACCAAUCUGCUACUAUGACAGAUAAAGUGACAGAGCUGGUCUCAAAGUGCCUACAGGCCCGAGACUUGGCUUACUGUCCCUACAGCCGCUUCCCUGUCGGUGCUGCUCUUUUAACAGCAGAUGGCGCCAUUGUCACAGGUUGUAAUGUGGAGAAUGCCUCCUAUGGUCUGACCGUGUGUGCCGAGAGGACGGCCAUCCAGAGAGCUGUAGCUGAGGGACAUAGACAGUUCACCGCCAUCGCUGUAACAUGUGAUAUCAAAGACCGUUUUGUUGGACCGUGUGGAGCAUGCAGACAGGUUCUGAUGGAGUUUGGAUCAAACUGGACUGUGUAUUUGACUAAGCCGGAUGGAACUUACAAAGAAACUCAUCUUCAUGAACUGCUGCCUUUAGCAUUUUCCCCUGAACACCUCGCAAAGAACUGAAAACACUUCCACUGCACCUCUGGAUGGCCUGAGGCUCCAUGAUUUUAUUCCAACUAGCCUAGAAAAAACAGUAAAUAUGAAAACCUGCUGUAGACCUACUACAAACAUGUAACCAUGCAGUUGAUGUAAGUCUAUUGUAGUAAAAAAAAAAGAAAAGAAAA